GAGAGAAAGAGAGAGAGAGAGAGAGAGAGUCAGCCGUCAGGGUCCAGGUCCAGGGCCCAGGGAGAGAGAGAAAGAGAUAGAGAGAGAUCAAUGAAGGGACAGAGUGCCGCGUAGUAGUGAUUCCUUUGAAGGCUGAAAGACUUUGUGUUUGGUGGCCAUUGAAUGUUGGAAUAGAAGUUGUCAGUGCAUGGAGUGGUAUGGCGAGUGGAGGGGACCGCUGAGAGUGGUGACGGCGGUGGACUUAAGACACAAGAUGGAUGCACUUGUCUCUGACCUCACCCAUGCUCUGGAUGAGUCCCAGCUUCCCCAGUACCACCGCAAGAGACGAGGCUUCAAACGCCGUGUCAAGCUGCCCAACAGUUUGAUUUUUCUCUCUACAGGCCUCGCCAAUAACCGUGCACUGAGCGAAGAUUCAUCCAGUAGUAUUGGUGAAGUGCUGCUCUCCCAAGACAACAAAUCGUCCAUACCCUUGACGGACUCUGAUGACAUGAGCCCCCCUCCAGAACCCCGUUUGAGAACUCAGCUGCUGACCCAUCACAGAGCGCCUUCUACCUUGGUAGAGUCCGAUUCAGUCAAUGAAAACUUUUCUCCCAUGAGACCUCAUAAUCGCAGAAAAAGAAAGUGCAAACGUUUAGCCCUGGAUCCAGAUGCCCCAUCCACCUCCAAUCCUCAGGGUACUUCCGUUCUUCCUGCAGGGAUUUCAAGCGUCCUACCCAUCACCAAAUCUUCAAGCUUUUGUGGAGUUUCUCUCAAUCGGAGGAAGAAGACUCUGAGGUCGUCUCCAGAUACAGAGAAUAGGUACCUGGCAGUUUCUGCAGGGAAAAGGAAACGUGGAAGAGAGAGAAGUGUGGAAUGGUGUGGCCAACAGCUGGCAGGAAAGCGGCACGGGACAUCUAGUCAUUUUCACAGUCUCCGAGCCCAUCGUACUUCCCGUGCUAGCACUGGGGACAGCAUGGAAUACGAGUAUUCUGAUGAAGAUGACAUGGAUCACAGCAAUGACAGUAGUGAGAGCGAGGCUGGAAUAUACACCUGCGAUGAAGGAAGAGAGGCGGAUGAUGAGCAGAGUGACUGGUUUGCCGAACCAGACCCGGUUUACGGGGUCCCCGGUUCAAACAACCAGACUCGGCAAAGGAAUUUUUCCAAUCGGCUCUCAUGGUGGAACGACAACGAUCUCGGCCUGUCAUCUUCAGCGAAGUCUCAAGUCAGCUGGGCGUCACGUCACCGCGGUUACGCUCUGUUCAAAGAGAGGUACGAGACUAUGUCCGUAGAGAACCAGCAAGCCUGCCGACUCAGGUUUCAAAAGCUGAGAGAGAGGCUUUUGAGAAGAGAAAUUCGCGCUGGUCGAAGAAGGAUAAGGGACAGAAAACCUGGUUACAGCAUCGUUUCUUCUGUCAAUGAUAAAGUGUCAAGAUUUCUUCAAGAUCCAACUCAGUCAGAACUGCGCUUGCGUCCUAUGACGGAUAAGGACCUGGAUCAACUUAAUCACCUAGCCAACCUUUAUUCAUUAACCGUCCGAAGUGGUGAUGAUCAAACUGCUCCCAUCCUUACAAAAACAAGUAAGGUACGAAGUAUUCACAGGAUUUUUGGUAACUUUCCCGUCAGAAACACAAUCACCAAACAGAGGUUGGAAGUGGAAGGUGAAACAUUGCCAUGUGGAGGAUCUUUUCCUGGAGGUCUGCCUGUACCGCUGAGUGACCUCAAGCGACGUAAACGGACGCCUCCUCCCCCAAAUAACUUGACGGAGGGCAGCAAUGAUUCGGUUGAGAGUGUUUUUAAUAAUGCAGGGACGUCAUUUCGGCCUCCUGUGCCAACAGUCAGCUGGGAGGAUGAUAUAGGGGACUGCUGUGCAGACUCGUUGUCCGAGAGACUGGCCGAUUCAGAACCAGAUCCGUUGCCAUCCCCUACCUCCCUCGGUCUUCAUGACUGCACUCUAUAAAGAAAGAUCAGUUUUCUAAGUCGACCAAUUUUAGACUGUAGGUCCCAGAUCUUUCAGAGCACACUGCCAUCUGAUGUAGGAGGCGGUCGGUAAUUCUGCGGCCAAGUCUGUCUUGCCAGGGUCACUCAGAGAAUUACUCUCCGCUGACGUCAUCUGAUUACUCUUCAUUGAAACCAUGAUUCAUUUCCUCAUACCCCAUCAAAUUGUUAUGACCUGCCAUAUUUAUAUAAGAGCCAUCCAGAUUUCUAGAUUUGUUUACUAAAUAUGAUUUGCCAUAUUUUCAGAGAUUUGUAAAAAUUAAUUAAUUAUUUAUUGAAAUGUUUAUUUGAGAAAAAAAAACAAGCAUUUUGCAAGAUAAGGGUUUGUAAUUAAAAGUUCCAAGCAAGUUUUAGGAAAUAUAUGUAAGUUUUACAAAAGUGGAAAGUUAACCUUUUAAAGAUAUUCAGGCAUUACCCUGUAGUGUAAUUCCAAGGAUGUACACUGACACUUUUAUCAGCAUUCCAUAAUACGUACACUGUUGUGUAGAAUGUGAUCUUGCUAUUAAACAAUACUCUUAUUGAUAAAGAAACAAUAUAGAUGUGUGCUGCAUUAUUUGCAGCUUGAUGUCUGAGAUCUAUCAAAAGCAGCUAUAUUUCUUCCAGUAACUUCAAGACUUGGUACUGUAGUCCCAGAUAAUGAUAGAAUGAAUGGAAUAAGAAAGCUUGUCAAAUAUAAUAGAAUACUGUGAUCAUGGACAUGGACAUCCACAUUGCCCGGUGGGUAUAUAGUGACCCUCUGCUUUGGAGUCCUUUAAUAUUUAUGAUGGUGGUGGUUGAAAUGCUGUGUAGGUCCUAUUGUCAAGAUCAGAAUCAGAAAAGAAGGCGGUAUUAAUAUCACAAAGAUAGUUGAAUGAUAAAUUAAAAGAGAAAUUAAUUAAUUAUUGUAAGAAUUUUAUAUCCCAAGCUAGACGGAUGUAUUCAAGAAUUUCAUGGAUAUAUCACAAAGAAAGUUAUAUUUAUGAAUAAUGCACAUUACAAGCCAGAAUAAUUUCAUAUUGUAAGAAUUUUAUAGUAAUAUUUUAGAACUGUAAAAACACAGUUGUAAUGUGAUAAUCUUGAAUAUUCCGAUGAAAAUAGCUGAGGGGAAAUAUGGGUAUAUUUUUACAAAAAUCUGAAUAUCAUUACAAUUAUGUUCUAUUAAAAUAUAUUAGAAUCUAACAAAUAUUUUGUUCAGAACUGCUUGAACUCACUCAUUUUGUCUUUUUUCACGACCCAUAUCAGUUUCAUUACACAUAUACGUAUAUAUAUGAGAAAGAGAUGCCUUUUGAAACAUUCAAAUUGUAGGGGACAAUGUGUUACAGUUCUUUUUAAACUUUUGCAGUAAACAGAGCAACAAAGAAUUCAGAAUGUAGACUUUCAUUCAGGACAGAAACAUUUAGAAAUCAUCAUGGAUUCAUUUUUCUCUGUACAGUCUUUUAGUGAAAUCUGGUUAGUAACUCUGUGAAUUUGUUAUAAAGUCAAAUUUUAUUUUCCUGUAGAUACAUUGUACAUACAGUAUAUGUACUAAAGAUGGCAUGGUUUUAGAGAUUAAAAUUUUCAAAAAGUAAAUUUCAUACUCUUGCAAAUGUUACAUUGAUUAUUUCUUCAUGUUUAAGCUGAUAAACCAAUAUUAUUAAUAUUAUUAUUAUUUGUUCCUGUUGUUAUUAAUGGCAGGAAAAACGACUAAACAGUUGUGACUUUUAUGUAAAUACAGAAAGAAAUCAUAAUGAAUAUAUUAUAAAUUCCUUUUAUGAAUGAAAAAUUUAUUUUGUGCAAUGAAAAUAUACUUUAAAAUGGAUGGACCUGCAGUGCAAACAAGACUGAACAAAAUUUUAUAGAUGCAUUUUUUAUAUUACUUGAUAUUAAAAGUUGUCAGGUAUAUCAAUCUGCUUUGGAAGAAAAAUGGGCACAAUAAUCAGAUUUGAAUCCACCAUUUUUUUAAUUUGUGAAACUUAAUCACCUUUCAGCUCGGAAUCCUCUGAAAGUCACUGGUCUAAUAACCAUAGGGGCUGGGAUACAUCCUCAAAUUGGCAGUAAAUAUACAGUAUACUACUGCACUUCAUUGCUUCCAUUGUAAGGUACCCAAUCUUAAUAUCACUUGUCACAUCAGUUUUGAGAAAAAGCAAGGUCUUUUAAGAUAUAUGAAAUUACAUUACAAGAAAUCCCACCAGAACAGUAUUUUUGUGAAUUUAGCAACAUUAGUGUCCCUUCCAUGUUGAUGACACUAGAUAAUUUGUAAUUACAGAAAGCAUGUAUUGUAACAUAUGAGAAUCAAGGUUUUCUGAAGCUUACAGGUUUUUUAUAUUUGAAAUUGCAGGAUAGCCUUCUCAUAAUUUUCAGUAUUAAAAAUCGUCAAAUUUUCAGAUGUCAUCAGCUUGCCAAGUAACAUACCAAAAAGUAGACUGUUUAAACGAGAGAAAAAGCUAGAAUAAAGUUGAAUUUAAAUUUUUCUUACAACAAUAGAAACCCACCUCAGUUAAUAUUGAUCAGUGAUCCAUCAAUUGCCUAGUGAGAACUCUUCCUUUCUGAAAAUACCACAUAUAUUAUGAUGUUGUUUUUGUCCAAGAAUUUUAAAAGUCCCAAAUGAACUUUGAGGACUGGUAAUUAUGAUUUAACAAAAGCAUAAAGACAAUUUAUUAAACAUUAAUCAUGAACGACAGGCCAUCACUAUCUUCAGCCUUUAACUUUCUCUUUUCUACUUUUCUUGAUUUACAUCCUAUGAGUUUAGUUCUCCAUGUUUAAUUUUGUUACUUUGAUUUUUAAUAUAUUUGUAUUAACAAGAAUUUAGUCUAUCACAUUUUACUCCUGUUUCUGUUAUCAGAUAUAAUUAUGAAUUAUGUAAUAUAAAAUGACAUUGUUUUGUAGUUAGGUUAAGGAUGUAUCGUAAUAAACAUUGUUUAAUGAUUAAUUAAUCAAAUUUACUAUGGCAGCAAAUCCCAAAUAAAAAUAUACCCUGCA